ACACUUGUGUACAACUGACUUUUUAAUUUAAUUAAAUUCUCGUUCUUAAUUGUUGAUCGGAGUUCAUGUAAAUGACAGGUAAGGUUCAUAUUGUCAGUAUUUUUUUUUUUUUUUUUACAUUGUGGAUAGGCUUAAUUGGCAUUUGGAGACCCAAGAAGUGUCUUGAAGCUCUUCUCAUGAGGACCAGCCCUGAAUUUCUACUGAAUCCUGGUUAUGACUUCAGCUUUCUCAUCACAAACUACCAUUAUGACGAGAUGCAGAAACACAAGCUCAUAGAUUUUACUGUGCAAGAAUUCCUUUGAACCUUAUCAUUUGCUUUUUCCUACCACCUGAUUGCCUGCUAGAAUAUGUUCGAU